AUGGCUUCCUCUGAUUCCCUGUCCAACUCCAGCUCGCUCGCUGACUGGUUUGAUGGGUUCUCCCACAUCAUCUUCUUCCAACCGGAUGAUGCACUAGCCGCGAAGACAUUCGAAGAACGUGUCUCUGACGACGCGGUCAUCAGAAUCAAUCACGACCAGCUAGGAAAAGCCAAGUAUUGGGGGAUUAUCAAGGCCGCCCGGGAAGCCAACUACUUCGCAGUCCAGUCAAACAAGGAGAUUCAUACCUGGAACGCUCCGGAUGGGCUAGGCGGAGGUUGUGUCGCACAGCUUGGUUAUUUCACCACGACCAAGAAGGAGGAUGGGACUGAGACUGUUGGAUCGUCGCUUACUCUAACCAAUGUUCAUGUGCGAGAUGGGAAGAGAGUCUUGGUGGAGCUCACAGAAGUCAUGAACGGAUGA